AUGAUUUUUAUCGUUAUGGGUGUAAGCGGAUGUGGCAAGACUACUAUAGGUAAAGCGUUAGCAAAGAAGAUAGGAUGCCUCUUUGCCGAUGCUGAUGAUUUUCAUCCACCGGCAAAUGUCAAUAAAAUGAAAUCGGGAAUACCAUUGACUGAUCAGCUAAUGGUAAAAUAUAGCUACUCAGCGUACCUUUGUUUAAUCUACAGAUGGUCUCAGCAACAAUUAUCUGCCGUUCUAGCAUGCUCUGCUUUAAAAAAAAGCUAUCGCAUGAUCUUGCUAGGCAAUAUUGGUUGUGGAAAGAUUCGCGUUAUUUACUUGAAGGGUUCAUUUCAGCUCAUCAAGGAUAGGAUGGUACAAAGAAAGGAUCAUUUCAUGCCCAUAGCCUUGCUACAAUCACAAUUUGAUGCCCUUCAGGAACCUGGUGAAGACGAAAACUACGUUUUUGCUAUUUCUAUCGAUAAUGACCCUUCUACCAUCGUACAGUUGAUUUGUACGCAAAGUUUCAUCAACACGCAGUAA